CAUUGUCCACAAAUCUGUCGCUCAGUUAUCAAGACACAGUUACUUUUACUUACUUACUGUAAAGGUCUCUGUGGCCCCAUGUUUAAGACUGCAGCUUGAUUUAAUCUGUCACCGACUGUUAGUGAUUGUUUCCCUGCCCGUCGGUUUUAUAUUUAAAUGGUGUGGAAAACUCCGCUUCGGGAGGAGGGGGAGUCAAAUACUGGCAAGAGCUCAGGGUGCAAAGUGCAGGUUGGAACAGAGAACUGUUUUAACAAAGGCUUCGGCAAGAAGAUAAGACUAUGCAUGACUAAAGAGAAGAUAUUAAAGGGUAGGGGAAGAAACAACGGCAAACACGAGACUGAAGGACAACAAAGAGGAACUUUGCUCAACAAGGAAGUUCGGUUUGCAGCGGAGGUUAGAAAAAAACGCGACCAGACACGGAACAGAAAGAGACGAGUUGAAAAAACACCCUUAUGGCAUACCAGCUGUUUGAAGGGAAGAACCAUGCUUCCCUCUACCAAAAGUAUCGCUUCACACCUCCAACUGAGCUCAUAAACAUUAUUGUUCAGUACUUAGAUAAAAAGAAAGGCAAGCCACAUGUGCUGGCAGUGGAUCUGGGAUGUGGAACGGGCCAGCAUUCUCGACUGCUGGCGCCGCACUUCAAAGAAGUGGUGGGCUUGGACAUCAGUGAGUCUCAGCUGGAAGAGGCCAGAGCUGUGCCAGGCUUCCCCAACGUCACAUACAGAAAGGGGUCAGCGGAGGAGCUUCCGUUUCCCGACGGCUCAGUCGACUUGUUGACGGCGGCGACAGCAGCCCACUGGUUUGAUCAGACAAAGUUUCUGGCUGAAGCAAGUCGGGUCCUGAAACCCGGAGGCUGCAUUGCAUUGGUGGGCUUCACCGAUGGCAACAGCAAAUUCAUCUACCAGAACUGUGGAGAAAAACUCUUCCAAAUCUAUAGAGAGGCAAUCCAGGAGCUGUUGCCGUAUAUGAGCGAAAGAGUAUUUCUAUGUGAGGGUAAGCUGGAAGAGCUGUACUCUGCCAUCCCCUUUCCAGACAAAGAGAGGAUUGAUUGUUUUCAGGAAAAGUUGUUGAUCUCAGUGAGGAACCUGGUGGGCUUCAUGGAGAGCUGGUCCAUGUUCCAGAUUUACAAGAAGAAAGACCCCAAACGUGCUGAAGACCUGCUGGCCAACACUCAGAAAAGGUUCCUGGAGCAGAUGAACGUCUCAUCUCCAGACACUGAAAUAGUGAGAGAGAUGGAAUAUUACUGUGUCCUGGCAUCCAAACCAAAAUGAUCAACACUGAAGCGCUGCAUGUGUGUUUGUGGAGACAAACAUGAUGUGUGUUUGUUUGAGAGUUGUUGCAAUUUAAAAUUUAUAAAGAUUGAAAUCACGAUGCGGUAAGGAGCGUGCUUGUUGAAUAAACCAUUGUUCCCUCAGUG